AUGACUUGGAAAAGCAGGGGAGACCUGCUUCCCAAAAGUGUCAUGUCUCAGAAAUGGGUGAUUUUUCUCUGUAUUGGAAGCUUCUGUGCUGGGAUGGUUUUCACGAAUAGGAUGUGGACUAUUCCUGAACCUAAAGGACUUGGACGGACAACAGCUAUGGAAGCGGAAAAAUUGAAUGUAGUUUCAGAGGGCUGUAAUUCAAGAAUUUUGCAAGAGAAGGAAGUGAAGCGUGAAACUAAGGGCAUCUAUAGAGAGGUUUUCAAGACACAAAAUGCCAUACAAACCCUGGACAAGACUAUUUCAAAUUUGGAGAUGGAAUUAGCAGCUGCAAAGGCAGCUCAGGAGUCUAUACGAAGUGGUGCUCCAGUACCUGAAGAUAUCAAGAUGAGUGAAUCAUCUGGUAGGAGAAGGUAUCUAAUGGUCGUAGGAAUCAAUACUGCUUUCAGCAGCAGAAAAAGAAGAGACUCAGUUCGUGAGACAUGGAUGCCUCAAGGUGAGAAAAGAAAGAAGCUAGAGGAAGAGAAGGGCAUUAUCAUUCGAUUUGUAAUUGGUCAUAGUGCCACAUCAGGGGGUAUCCUAGACAGAGCUAUUGAAGCAGAAGAUAAGAAGCAUGGAGAUUUUCUGAGACUGGAUCAUGUUGAAGGAUACCUUGAAUUAUCAGCAAAGACAAAGAUCUACUUUGCCACUGCUGUUAACUUAUGGGAUGCUGACUUCUAUAUCAAAGUUGAUGACGAUGUUCAUGUAAACAUAGCAACACUGGGACAAACUCUAGUGAGACACCGAUCAAAACCACGGGUGUACAUUGGAUGCAUGAAAUCAGGGCCUGUUCUUUCUCAAAAAGGGGUAAGGUAUCAUGAGCCAGAAUACUGGAAAUUUGGAGAGGCUGGAAACAAGUACUUCCGUCAUGCCACGGGACAGUUGUAUGCCAUUUCGAAGGAUCUGGCCGCAUACAUUUCAAAUAACAAGCACGUUCUCCACAAGUAUGCCAAUGAGGAUGUCUCCCUGGGCUCUUGGUUUAUUGGACUUGAUGUGGACCACAUAGAUGAUCGAAGACUCUGCUGUGGUACACCACCAGAUUGUGAAUGGAAAGCACAGGCAGGCAAUGUUUGUGUUGCUUCAUUUGAUUGGACUUGCAGUGGAAUUUGCAGGUCAGCUGAAAGGAUCAAGGAGGUCCACAAGAAAUGUGGAGAAGGUGAGAAAGCUUUGUGGAGUGCCUCUUUCUAG